AUGAAUAUCGUAGAAUGGGCGUUCGGAAAGCGCAUGACGCCCGCAGAGCGCUUGCGAAAACACCAACGGGCUUUGGAGAAGACGCAGCGCGAACUGGAUAGAGAGCGUGUCAAGCUGGAAAACCAAGAAAAAAAGCUGGUGCAGGAUAUCAAGAAGAGCGCGAAGAAUGGGCAGAUAGGCGCCUGCAAGAUUCAGGCGAAGGAUCUGGUUCGGACGAGACGAUAUAUCCAAAAGUUCUACUCGAUGCGAACACAGCUACAAGCCAUCUCCCUCCGGAUCCAGACCGUUCGGAGUAACGAGCAGAUGAUGCAAUCCAUGAAAGGCGCAACCAUGCUCUUAGGCAGCAUGAACAGACAAAUGAACCUCCCCGCGCUGCAACGAAUAGCCAUGGAAUUCGAACGGGAGAACGAGAUCAUGGACCAGCGGCAGGAGUUGAUGGACGAUGCUAUUGACGAAGCCACGGGGCUGGAGGAUGAGGAGGAAGGCGAGGAGAUAGUGAAAGAGGUUCUGGAUGAGAUCGGUGUUGACCUGGGACAGGCUAUGGGAGAAACACCUUCGGAAUUACAAAAAGCAUCUGUGCCCGAGGGACGGGUCGCCCAGGCGGUUGGUGGGGGCGGUGGUGGUGCAAAUACGGAUGACGACGAUUUACAGGCGAGAUUAGACAGUCUCCGUCGGUGA